GGCAAGACAACGUGCCUUGGACAACCACUCUGCUCAGCAUGUAAGACGCUCAAUUCGACAAAAUGGAGAUGGACGUCUCCUCACCAACGUCGCUUCCUCUGCUCUACUCAAACCUCACACCGGACCCCAUCGAUUCCGGCCUGGCUGCUUUUUGUGAUAUACACGACCUACUCGCCCUGGUGAACGCACGGUCGCAGAACGUGGUCGUCUUCCGAAUCAAUGGCCAGCAAGCCUUCUCGAUCAAUCGAAAGGACUCCGACUGCCGGGUGUCUGUGUUGAAGUGGAAGCCAGAUGGUAGCUUUCUGGGCAUUGGGUGGAGUGAUGGCAGCGUGGGCGUCUACUCUGGCGAGGACGGGAAGCUGAUGAGUAUGAGCUCUACGAGGAGUCGGGGGCGGAGUGAUGGAUGGAGGCUUGAUUUGCUGCCGGAGAUGGAUGAGGGUGACGAUGAGGAGGGUGAAUGCGAGGCUGCGUGCUUGGGCUGGACUACGUACGCCGCGAGCGAGGGCGAGGGUGUCCUGAGGCCAGACCACUUCACACAUGAGCUGACGACUGACGACUGGUACGAUGGAGAUGGUGAUGCUGGCGAUGACGAGAAACCAACACUCUCACGAUUAGCGAAGGCUAUCGCGACUCUCGAUGCUACGGCGGUGUUGCCGCGACUGAGUGCACUACCCAUUCAUGCUCUCCGAUUUGGUCCGAGUGAGCAGAAGUUUACGACACAGGCAGGUCUUGAUACGCUUCUUAACUCCGAUCGAACCGCCUCAGAAAGCGUGACGACUUUGAUCACAGCUGGCACUUCUGGCAUGAACAACCUCUUUCUCGACGACACUGUGGAGCUCGGGAGCUUCAGUAUCGGCAACUCCAUUUCCCAGACUGUCCACGCUUCUCACUCUCAUUGUGCAACGCAAGUGAUCCUGUCUCGGACAAAGGAUGUUCAGAGCUUGAAUUUGCACUACAUCGAUCUUCCCCUACAAGACUUCGGUGGGCCCUUGCUCCACGUCGUAACCACGAAUACGAAGCGGAUCCAGAGCCUGCUCUCCUACAUCACGCAGACCAUCCGAUGCAUGCAGUCAGAUCUAACGUCCAACCUCUCAUUACCAUCGAGGAUCAUUGGCAACAUCAGCGAAGAGCUCACAUCUAGCGGCGAAGACGAUCUUGUUACGAGUCUGUACCAGCUAGCCAUGACCGGCAACUUUACCCCAACAAUGCUGGAGUGGCUAACGGAAACCAUCCGCGAGAACCAGCAGAAACGCUGGGACAAGAGCAUCAACGACAUGUACAGCCACAUUCAAACGCACAUAUUCGUCCAUCUCAUCCCCGCUCUGGAUCGACUUGCCAUCGCCGUGAAUGCCGUCCGAGGCCACGCCCAGGUGCAUCAAGGAACGGCCAACUUCGUCCCACCGGAGCCCUUCACCAUUCUCAUGGACGAUCUAGACUCUGUUCGUCUCGUUGCGCAAAACCUCCAACUCCUCGUCACGACCGAGCAUCGGCGCUUUCGGGCUUUCAGCAGAUGGCUAAAGGUCAUGGUCGAUAUCGGCGUUGCCGGCCCAAAUAGCAAAGGCGCUGUGGAGACCGAAGAGCGCGAGACGCCGAAUCUCGAUUACAACCUCGUUUUGACGUACAUCAGUGAGACGCUGAUGCAAAGCGGCUGCACCUCGUAUCUUGAACAGAAGCCGGGGAUGAAGGGAAGCUGCUUGGAAGCGGAAUUCUGGUCAUUUCCGGGCAUCGUCAACUCACAGCGGGACGAAAUUGUACGUGCAAUGCGAGGGUUGGAUGCAGUGAAUGGCAUUGGAAAGCAAGAGCAAGAAAGAGAUUUGCUCAACCUACCGACGCUCGCUAUACGCCUCGCCGGCUCUGCACGCCGGGCGGUCGAAUCUAUCAGGAAAUGGCAGAGUGGGAUGCUCCCAACUCCGGCGAAGGUCUCGCUUCCUAUCGUUGACCAUGGCUUACUGGAUAACAUCCUGGAUAUCCGGCUUCAGCCUUCAAGGAGCACAGACGGAAGUGGUGGUGAGAGUGUCACGCGCAUCUUAUUCAAGCCGGAAGGAGGUCAACUGGCUCUGCUAAAAGUCACACGCCUGCAAUCGAAGGAAUGCACUUUCGAAGAGAAGCAGUACAACCUGCACCUUGCGGGCGACUUACUCCAUGCGCAAAUGGUGAAGCAAGAUCGAUGUCUCGUUCUCUGGAGAGAAGAAGCGAGUGGAGGAAGAGUGCUGCUUUUGACCGGCAAUUUAUCACGAUAUGAUGAGCGGGAUUCGAGAUGGACUCGAGUAAUUCACGUCUUUGAGGGCAAGGAGGGCUUCGAACCGGAUCAUUUUGUCGUCGGUGGACGACCUGGGAAGACGGUUUGUGUGGUUUUAGCGAGCGAAGUCAGGCUUGGAGGGUGUUUGAUUUGGAGAAGGGGGCUUUGAGAUGAGCCCGGUAAUAAAUGCGUCGCAGUGGCAAUGAUGAAUGAAGUCUUUCCACCGUAAGUGCUCCUUCUGCGGAGAUGGAAUAUAGGGAAUAGACAGAUGUUGUACGGGUGCAAAUUUUGAG